UGUGUGUGUGUGUGUGUGUGUGUGUGUGUGUGUGUGUGUGUGUGUGUGUGUGUGUGUGUGUGUGUGUGUGUGUGUGUGUGUGUGUGUGUGUGUGUGUGUGUGUGUGUGUGUGUAUUGUACCAGAAUUUCACAUCAUAGUCAGAUCAUCCACAGUAUACUGUACCCACUCACCAUGUGGUGUUAACAUCUACCGAUAAGGUGAAAGGGUUAGCCGCCCAUUAGAGUUAGCAGAAGUUAAAGAGAAACCUUUAGUACAAAACAUACACUGUAGUUGUUUUGGGGAAGUGAUGUGUUGAGAUAUUGAUAGAGCUCUGAGGCCUCAUUUAUAAACAUUGCAUACGCACAAAAUAUGCCCCAAAACAUGCCUGAGACAGUUUUCACGCAAAAAUUGCCAUUUAUAAAAACUGAACUUGACAUGAGCAGGUGCUUAUUCUCCUGCAAAUGUUAAGUCAUGCGGGCGCACAGUUUCUAGUGGUUGAAGUCUUGCAUUGCAAGAAAGUAACAGUAGACUAGUAUCAGCCUUAUGCAGGAAUAUAUGAUGUCACUCUUAUUCAUAACAAAAGAACAGGUAGCUAACUAUAAUAUUUUGCCAUUAGUGAGAAGAGCAAAAAUCUAUUUAUUUUAUCUUUGCAUUGUAAAAUAGUUUUAGUAUUAGGCAUCUAUUUCCUAUUUAUUUAUUUUCAAUGAUCAUUGGAGAAUAAAUUCCUCACCUUUUAUGACUGUGUUGGUUUCAUACUUGUAAAAUAGUCUAAUAGGCCUACAACAAGUUAGGAUAGGCUACCAUUCGUCCCAUCUCUCAUUUAACUGGACCCACUUCACAGUAGCACAGUAAAUAGAUAAGCUAUUUCAAGUAUUUUGCUCUAUGCGAUCCAAUCCGAAACGCAGUUUAUGCAUCACCUGUCAGGUGGAUGGAUUAUCUUGGCAAAGGAGAAAUGCUCACUAACAUGGAUGCAAAACAAUUUGUGCACAAUAUUUGAGAGAAAUAAGCUUUUUGUGUGAAUGGAACAUUUCUGUGAUCUUUUAUUUCAGGUCCUGAAACAUGGGACCAACUCUUCAGAUGUUGUGUUUAUCUUUCUGUUUAGUGUAUUUCCUUUAGAUACUAUUGGCCUAAUUCCAAUACUUCCAAAGUAUACAGCAUAAAAGGGCAUUAUUGUCACCAUCAAAGGUGAAUGAUGGGCGUUUUUCAGGCAGUUAAAAUGCUCGUUCACAGGUCUGAUUUAUAACGGUUGCCAUGCGUAUGUAUGGAGUGUUCCAAGUUGAAAAAAGAAUGUAUAUUAAUAUUUAGUUAAAAUUUAAGCAACGGUUAUGAAUGAAAGUCCCUAGUUGUCACGGCUGUUGAAAGGAGAGGACCAAGGUGCAGCGUGGUGAGCAUACAUUUUCUUUAUUUAUAAAAAUGACGCCAAACAAAACAAUAAAAACUACAAAAACAAACCGUGAAGCUCAAAGACAAAGUGCCCUAAACAAAGUCAACUUCCCACAAAGACAGGUGGAGAAAAGGGCUACCUAUGUAUGGUUCUCAAUCAGAGACAGCGAUAGACAGCUGCCUCUGUUUGAGAACAACACCCGGCCAAACGCAAAGAAAUACACAACAUAGAACAUAGAAUACCCACCCCAACUCACGCCCUGACCAAAGCAGAAUAGAGACAUUAAAAGGAUCUCUAAGGUCAGGGCGUGACACUAGUGACUAACCUUUAUAGAUGGUUGAUCUACUAUGACUGUCACUGGCUACUAAGUUUUGUACAUUUCCUAAAGCAAAGAUUCCCCUUUCUAACUUCUGCUAACCCUAACAGCUUAAACUUUUCACCAAACUGUAAUGUUUUUCACUGCAAAUAGUAAUUGGUAACAAACUAACACAAACUCUCAUGUGUGAUGUCUCCUCGCUAAUUAGUACCUUUUAUUUCCCAGUGCCCCGUUUUAUUCUGGAAGAUACAUGGACUGUAAUACAUGUAUUUACAUUUUUAUGAAAUGUUUUAUUUAUACAGGGUGGGUCACCAUUGAGACCAGGGUUUCAUUGGUUAGGGAGCCCUGUGAACAUACCAUAAAUACAACAAGAUUAAUCAAAACAAACAACUCUCACAUAUCACCUCCUUCAAACUCAAUCUAAACUGUCCUGUCCAAUGGAGAGAAGCGAGUCUAAUUUCAAGGCAGCCUGAAGGCUAUUCCAUGAGCUGGGGCAUAAAAACUAAAAACAUUUUCGCCGACUUCGGUGGAGACAUAUGGACCUCUAGAAGCAGCCAGUCCAGAGAGCGGGUGUGAAAAUGGCUGGAUCUCCACUUAGUACGUGAGCUGAGGUAGUGGGGGAGUCUCUGAAGAACCACUUUAUAUACAAAAAGUAACCAAUGAUGGACCCUUUUGGUAGUCAGACUCCCAGCCAACAGAACCAUCUCAAAAUGAAGUGAAAAUGUUCCCCAGUGAUAAAAUGCUGUGCUGAAUGAUAGACUGAAUCUAAGGUUUUAAAAUAGAGGCUGCUGAAUUUUUGUAGAUUAUAUCCCCAUUAGGGUUGCACAUUUUGGGGAAUAUUCAGAGGUGGAAACUGUCUGUGGGAAUUAAUGGGAAUAUAUGGGAAUUAACAGGAAUAUCAGAGAAUUAAUAUUAAUACCAUUUAAAUGUAGAUGUUUUUUGCAUUGGAUAUAUUUACCAUAUCAUAUGGAGACAGAAACAUAAACCUUUUACCUUAUAGGUAGACAUAAUUGCAAAUGAUUAAAUCCUUCCAAUAGAAAUUUUAAAAAACUAUUUAGUUACGAACUUUAAUUAAAUGAGUUGACUCUUCACAUGGGAUGAUUUCACUGAACAACAAAAGAAAGGGAGUAUUGAAUGAUCCCCAAUGAUCCAUCGCAUCUCCCAAAAACAUUUUCAACAUGCAUCUGUAAAAUGAUAGUCUAGAAACUAAAGCUUUGGUUGUCUUCCUCUCAGGCUUUCAUGUCUUCUCCCUGGACCUCCUCAAUGUCCACCUCUUGAACAUCAGUCUCUGAGGCCUCAUCUUUACUGUCACUUUCCAACCUUGAUGAGGAUGGCUCAUUGUCAUGCUCAAAAAGCCUCAAAUUUGCCCAGAUGGCCACCAAUUUUUCAACCCUUGUAUUGGUCAGCCUGUUGCGUGCUUUGGAGUGUGUGUUCCCAAACAAGGACCAGUUGUGCUCUGAGGCGGCUGAUGUUGGUGGGAUUUGGAGGAUGAUGCGGGCAACAGGGGAAAGAGCCUCAGAUCCACAAAGUCCCUUCCACCAGGUGGCUGAUGAGAUAUGUUGGCACGACUGCCAUAUUGCAUCUCCAUCCCAAAGUCCUUGCUUGGAAGUGUACUUCACCAGACUGCCAAGAACCUUGCCCUCAUCCAGGCCAAGGUGGUGAGACACGGUAGUGAUGACACCAUAGGCCUUGUUGAUCUCUGCACCAGACAGGAAUGCUCUUGCCAGCAUACUUAGGGUCCAACAUGUACGCUGCGGCAUGUGUGGGCAUCAGGCAGAAGUCUUCACACUUUUUGAUUUAUUUCAGAACUGCAGUUUCCUCUGCUUGGAGCAACAGUGAAGUGGGCAGGGCAGUAUGGAUUUCUUCUCUUACAUCUGCAAGCAGAGUCUGAAUAUCAGACAUACCUAAUCAUUUCCUUGGCUCUCUUGUAGAGUGUAUCCAAUGUUUUCAGUGCCAUGAUGUCCUUGAGGAGCAGAUUCAAUGCAUGAGCAGCACAGCCAAUGGGUGUGAUGUGAGGGUAGUACUUCUCCACUUUAGACCAAGCAGCCUUCAUGUUCGCAGCAUUGUCUGUCACCAGUGCAAAUACCUUCUGUGGUCCAAGGUCGUUGGUAACUGCCUUCAGCUCAUCUGCAAUGUAGAGACCGGUGUGACUGUUGUCCCUUGUGUCUGUGCUCUUGUAGAAUACUGGCUGAGGGGUGGAGAUGAUGUAGUUAAUUAUUCCUUGCCCAUGAACAUUCAACCACCCAUCAGAGAUGAUUGCAAUACAGUCUGCUUUCUCUAUGAUUUGCUUGACCUUCACUUGAACUCUGUUGAACUCUGCAUCAAGCAAAUGAGUAGAUAAAGCAUGUCUGGUUGGAUGGGUGUAUGCUGUGUGAAGAACAUUGAGAAAUCUCUUCCAAUACACAUUGCCUGUGAGCAUCAGAGGUGAACCAGUUGCAUACACAGCUCGGGCAAGACAUUCAUCAGCAUUUGUCUGACUACGUUCCUCCAUUGAGUCAAAAAAGACUUCUGAUUCCAGGAGGACCAUGAGCGGUUGCUAUCGAUAAGGUGUCUGAUUCAUCAUUCUCACCUCGAAUAGAAGUAGAGGGACUUUUGUCAGAGGUUGCUUGUUGUGAGCGAAUGCUGAGGGAACUUUAUGCUCUUGGCCAGAUGAUUCUGCAUCUUUGUGGCAUUCUUCACAUAUGAUUUGGCACAGUAUUUGCAAAUGUACACAACUUUUCCUUCUACAUUAGUUGCAGUAAAAUGUCUCCACAAAUUUUUUUUUGUAAAAAAAUAACAAAUACAAUUCCAUGUACAGAUAAAUAGUUAAGUAGUUAGAUUAAACAACUCCGUUGUAAGAUAGAUGUUUUAAAAUGAAAUAUGUAUGGAAACAGGUGAAUUAACACUCCUCAGUUAGCAGACAAGCUAAAACCCACAUGGUAGCAAAAACUAACUAGCAGAAAGUGUUAACAAGUUAGAAAUGAUUUAAACACACUUUGCUGUAGGCUGCUAUUUACUAGUUAACAAAAAUCAUGUAUUUCAUAUAAAAUGUAUUCACCCCACCCAGUAUUGUAAUCAAAACUUACCAGAAAGCAUGUAGUCCUUGGCUCAGUGUAGUAGUGUGGGGUCAAUAGCAUCUCAUUAGUGUGCAAGAUCUUGAGAAUCAGCUGUGAUGGAAGAAUGCACUGUGCAUGCAGAGGGUUUCAAUUCCAUUGAAUUGGGGAUAGUGUAACCAAAAUAUGCCACAAGACCUAGAAUUGCCUUAUGUGUGUCCCACAAAAAAGGUUCACUGUUAUAAGCUAACUUUUUUGGUUAAUUUAAGCAACAUUCCCCAAAUUCCAGGGCUUAACUUUCCAGAAAUGUACCCGGAAAGUUUCCGACCCUUUGCAACCCUAAUCACCAUAAGUCCUGGGAGAAGCGUUGCUUGAACAAUCUUCCUUCUACUUUCCGAAGUGAAGCAGUAUUUAUUUCUAUAAAAGAAACCAAUCUUAAUUGUCAACUUUUUUGUCCGUUUUUCAAAGACAUUUUAUCCUCAGUCCACAUACGCAAUUACUUAAAAUGGGGAACUUGCUCAAUUUGGGCUUCCUUCAAUGUGCCAAUAUGCAUGUCCUCAGGGUCAAUAUUAUGAGACCUAGUGAACAACAUACACUUGUUUUAUUAGCAUUCAGCACUAGUUUAAAUUCAGUAAGCAAUUUUUUUAUUCAUUCAAAACCAUGCUGAAGGUCAUGAAUGGCCUGCUGUACUGAGGGGUCACAUGAUUAUUCAGUAUACAUAGUGAAAAGGACGGGGCCCUUACGUAAUAUUGAGGGAAAGAAAUGUUAUACCGUCAGUAAGCACACAUUGUGUACUGUCCGUUAGAUCGUUAUUGAACCAAUUGCAAGAUGCCUGAUCUAGGCCUAUUUCAGACAUUUGAACAAGUAAGAAAUGGUCAACCGUAUCAAAUGCCUUCGACAGGUCAGUAAAUAAGGCAGCACAAGGAUUUGUAUGGUCUAAACAAUAUAACACAUAAUCUAAGACAAGUGUAGCUGCUGAAACAGUGCUGUGUCCAGGUCUAACACCAGACUGGUGGUCAUUAAGAAUUGAGUGAGAAAUUAAAGUUCUAAGUUGAGAUUUGCCCAGGAACUUUGGCAAGGCAAGAUACAGUAGCUAGCUUGGAAAUUGGACGAUAGUUAUCUAAGUCAGAAGGAUCUCUUCCUUUGUGUAAGACUUGUGCCAUUUUCCAGAUUUUAGAGAGAACCCCAAUAACAAUUGCAAGUUAAUGAUUCUGCAAUAAGUGGGGCAGAAAGGUGUAGGAAAAAGGGAUCAAGUGAGUCAGCUCCAGGUGGAUAUUUUUGUUACAUCGAUCUUCAGGAAGGCACUUUGUAUCAAAGGGUUGAAAUGAAAAUGAGUCAUGUGCAUCAGGGAAUGUAUUGUUCUCUGCAACCUGGCUUGAGGUGAGUAAAGGACUCCCUCUGCUGGAAUCAGUUUUCGGAAGCUAUUUUAUCAAAUAGGUAGCCCGUUGAGGCACAGUGCUUGUUAAAAGCACCACAAAUGUUUGUCUUAUCUGUUAUGGGACCAGAGGCUGUCAUAACCUGCUCGGGUAAUGAGGGGGUGGGGUUUUGUUUCAGAGAUUUGACUACCUUCCAGAAGGCAGCUGGAUUCCCACAAUUCUCAGAUACACAGUUCAAGAAGAAUAUUGAUUUAGAUUUUCAAAUCAAAUGUUAUUUGUCACAUGCGCUGACUACAACAGGUGUAGCGCUUACCGUUAAAUGCUUACUUAAAAGCCCUUAAUCAACUAUGCAGUUUUAAGAAAAAUAAGAGUUAAGAAAAUAUUUACUAAAUAAACUAAAGUGACUUUGCAUAGAUAAUAAACAGCGAGUAGCAGCAGCAGUGUAACAAAAAGGGGGUCAAUGCAAAUAGUACUGUUCAGUAGUCUUAUGGCUUGGGGGUAGAAGCUGUUCCGAAGCAUUUUGGACCUAGACUUGGCACUCCGGUACCGCGUGCCGUGCAGUAGCAGAGAGAACAGUCUUUGACUAGGGUGGCUGGAGUCUUUGGCAAUUUCUAGGGCCUUCUUCUGACAUCGCCUGGUAUAGAGGUUCUGGAUGGUAGGAAGUUGGGCCCCAGUGAUGUACUGGGCCGCAUGCACUACCCUCUGUAACGCCUUGCGUGCGGAUGCCGAGCAUUGGCCAUAACAGGCAGUGAUGCAACCAGUCAGGAUGCUCUAGAUGGUGCAGCUGUAGAACUUUUUGAAGAUAUAAGGACUAGAGGUCGACCGAUUAAUCGGAAUGGCCGAUUAAUUAGAGCUGGUUUCAAGUUUUCAUAACAAUCGGAAAUCUGUAUUUUUGGACACCGAUUUGGCCGAUUUAUAUACACUGAUCAAAAAAAUAAAGGGUACACUUAAACAACACAAUGUAACUCCAAGUCAAUCACACUUCUGUGAAAUCAAACUGUCCACUUAGGAAGCAACACUGAUUGACAAUACAUUUCACAUGCCGUUGUGCAAAUGGAAUAGACAAAAGGUGGAAAUUAUAGGCAAUUAGCAAGACACCCCCAAUAAAGGAGUGGUUCUGAAGGUGGUGACCACAGACCACUUCUCAGAUCCUAUGCUUCCUGGCUGAUGUUUUGGUCACUUUUGAAUGCUGGCGGUGCUCUCACUCUAGUGGUAGCAUGAGACGGAGUCUACAACCCACACAAGUGGCUCAGGUAGUGCAGCUCAUCCAGGAUGGCACAUCAAUGCGAGCUGUGGCAAGAAGGUUUGCUGUGUCUGUCAGCGUAGUGUUCAGAGCAUGGAGGCGCUACCAGGAGACAGGCCAGUACAUCAGGAGACGCGGAGGAGGCCGUAGGAGGGCAACAACCCAGCAGCAGGACCGCUACCUCCGCCUUUGUGCAAGGAGGAGCACUGCCAGAGCCCUGCAAAAUGACCUCCAGCAGGCCUGUGUUGUUUAAGUGUUCCCUUUAUUUUUUUGAGCAGUGUAUAUAUAUAUUUUUACACCUUAUUUAAUCUUUAUUUAACUAGGCAAGUCAGUUAAGAAUACAUUCUUAUUUUCAAUGACAACCUAGGAACGGUGGGUUAACUGCCUUGUGAACAGGGAGUACAGGAGGGGACUAAGCACGCACCCCCGAGGGGCCCCUGUGUUGAGGAUCAGCGUGGCAGAUGUUGCUGCCUACCCUUAUCACCUGGGGCUGGCCGUCAGGAAAUCCAGGAUCCAGUUGCAGAGGGAGGUGUUUAGUGAUGAGAUUUGAGCGCACUAUGGUGCUGAAAGCUGAGCUGUAGUCAAUGAACAGGAUUCUCACAUAGGUGUUCCUUUUGUCCAGGUGGGAAAAGGCAGUGUGGAGUGCAAUAGAGUGCAAUAAUUUCACUUUGUAAUAAUGUGAGGCCGAGAUUUAGGUAGCUUUCCAUCUCUUAUGCAGGCAACGGACAAUGGUGACUAAACUCAUUAACAAAAAUUCCAUUGGCUGUAUACUUAUAAAGGAAAUUUGUCAAAAUAAUAUGUACAGUGGCAUGUGAAGGUAUUCACCCCCUUGGCAUUUUUCUUAUUUUGUUGCCUUACAACAUGGAACUAAAAUAGAUUUUUGGGGGGUUUGUAACAUUUGAUUUACAGUCGUGGCCAAACGUUUUGAGAAUGACACAAAUAUUAAUUUCCACAAAGUUUGCUGCUUCAGUGUCUUUAGAUAUUUUUGUCAGAUGUUACUAUGGAAUACUGAAGUAUAAUUACAAGCAUUUCAUAAGUGUCAAAGGCUUUUAUUGACAAUGACAUGAAGUUGAUGCAGUGUUAAACAUGUAAAUGUUAAUCAGCACAGCAUUAUGACAGCAUUUUCUAAACUGCAGAGGGGGUUCUUGCUAUUAUUUUGUAGGUUUCCUAUACCAUUAUCUUCUGUAGAAUGCAUUUAUUAGAAUGCAUUUAUUUAAAAAACUCAACAAUAAGAUGUACAGCUGUAGUCCUAACAAUAGUAUAAUAAACAAUAAUAAUAACAACAUGUAUGUAUAGAUAUGUAAAAGUUAUAUUUUUGCGCUCAUAUUCCAAUGCGGUUCGAAUGAAUUUUUCACAUCAUGAAUUGGAUCCUAGAAAGUUUGACUCAUUCCCCAAACACUUGUCAAACCUGGUCUUUGGACUGGAAUACAAUUUAGUGCACAUUUAUUGUUCUGUGUAAUUUUACCCACAAAUGUUAUAUUUUUAUUAUGUAUUUUUUUUUAUAAAAAUGCAUUUCGUGUGUGUGUGUAUGUGUGUCUGCCUUUUUUAGUAGUUACUUAGCUUUAGAUUUAACCCACAUGUUUGCCUAUUUUUUUUUUUGCCAAACUAACAAUGUCUUACUGUAUUUAAAUUAUUUUAUUUGAUUUCAACUAACUUAUGUUUUAAUUCAAUUAUUAUGCUUAUUAUGAAGAAAAAAUACAUCUGUUUAACUUUGUAAAGUAAAGGUGUGUUUAGAAUUAUUUUUGUUGUAUUAAUGCUAUUUAAUCUCUCCUCAGACUAAUAUUAUUCUGUUUGUCCUGUGGGUACCUUUGCCACUGUUCCACCCCUUGUGUAUUGCGCUGUCAUGGUGUAUUUUCAAGACCUCUGCAAUCCUCCCUGGCAUACUGUCAAUUAACUUCUGGGCCACAUCCUGACUGAUGGCAGCCCAUUCUUGCAUAAUCAAUGCUUGGAGUUUGUCAGAAUUUGUGGGGUUUUGUUUGUCCACCCGCCUCUUGAGGAUUGACCACACGUUCUCAAUGGGAUUAAGGUCUGGGGAGUUUCCUGGACAUGGACCCAAAAUAUUGAUGUUUUGUUCCCCGAACCACUUAGUUAUCACUUUUGUCUCAUGGCAAGGUGCUCCAUCAUGCUGGAAAAGGCAUUGUCAUCACCAAACUGUUCCUGGAUGGUUGGGAGAAGUUGCUCUCCGAGGAUGUGUUGGUACCAUUCUUUAUACAUGGCUGUGUUCUUAGGCAAAAUUGUGAGUGAGUCCACUCCCUUGGCUGAGAAGCAACCCCACACAUGAAUGGUCUCAGGAUGCUUUACUGUUGGCAUGAUGGUAGCGCUCACCUUGUCUUCUCCGGACAAGCUUUUUUCCGGAUGCCCCAAACAAUCGGAAAGGGGAUUCAUCAGAGAAAAUGACUUUACCCCAGUCCUCAGCAGUCCAAUCCCUGUACCUUUUGCAGAAUAUCAGUCUUUCCCUGAUGUUUUUCCUGGAGAGAAGUGGCUUCUUUGCUGCCAUGACACCAGGCCAUCCUCCAAAAGUCUUCGCCUAACUGUGCGUGCAGAUGCACUCACACCUGCCUGCUGCCAUUCCUGAGCAAGCUCUGUACUGGUGGUGCCUCAAUCCCGCAGCUGAAUCAACUUUAGGAGACGGUCCCAAAGCCGAGCUCUGUGGAGUGUAUGGCUUAAAGUGUCCUAUGGACAGAUACUCCAUUCUCCGCUGUUGAACUUUGCAGCUUCUUCAGGGUUAUCUUUGGUCUCUUUGUUGCCUCUCUGAUUAAUGCCCUCCUUGCCUGGUCCGUGAGUAUUGGUGGGCGGCCCUCUCUUGGCAGGUUUGUUGUGGUACCAUAUUCUUUCUAUUUUUUUUAUAAUGGAUUUAAUGGUGCUCCGUGGGAUGUUCAAAGUUUCUAAUAAUUUUUUUUAUAACCAACCCUGAUCUGUACUUCUCCUCAACUUUGUCCCUGACCUGUUUGGAGAGCUCCUUGGUCUUCAUGGUGCCGCUUGCUUGGUGGUGCCCCUUGCUUAGUGGUGUUGCAGACUCUGGGGCCUUUCAGAACAGGCCCUCCGGCUGUCCUUUCUGCUGUGUCCCGGCUUCUGACUGCUGAUUGGAGCUGGCCUGGUGUGCGUAUAGGUGUGUGAGAGAUUGUAAGGAGAUGAAGUCCAGUAUGCGUCAGUGGCGGAGGCUGCUGUUGGUGGGCAUGUUGGCGUGGGCCCUCCUCUUCCUGGCUCUGCUCUCCUACUUCCUGGAUACCCCCGUGUACAACGAGCCUCUGACCUCCGCCAGCUCCUCGCUCUCCCAGCACCCCGACACACGGCGCCUGGCCUCCAUCCAAGGCGCCUCCCACCAGCAGCACCACUCCAUCAUGGGCUCCCAGCCCGAACCCACCUACAUCCCCUUUACCACAGCCUAUCCCGACCCAGACCCUAACCAUUACCCAGACUCAGAGCCUAGCUCUUCCUCCACCACCCCUGAGCCUGGCCUGGAGCUGAGCUACGGGACCAGCCAAGAGAUGGAGGGGGGGAGCCGCCAGCAGCAGGACUACCUGGACGCCCAGACCCUGGCUGCCUGGUCCUCCUCACGCACGGAGAACGUGGGUUCCCACUCCGACCAGACGGUGACUCGAAACAGUGAGAGGCCUGCAUGGACCGCCUCCAACGUCGGCCGGGGGCCCAACCGAACCACACGCCGGUCCUCACGUGAGGAUGAAGAGGAUGAGGAGGGGGUAGAGACGAACAACAGCCACAAGAGGACCAUGGUGGGGGAUCAUGGGGGGGAGAGGCGAGGAAAAGAAGAGGAUGAUUUAGAGGAGGACUACUACUCCAAGUCUGCCUCGCUGGUGCAGCGACUCUGGCGGGGAAAAGUGUCCUCUGGGAUGCUGUCCCCGCGACUGCAGCACGCCAAGCGGGACUACCUGAGUGCCAACAAGCACCACGUAACCUAUAAAGGAGGCCGGCGGGCUGCUCAAAGCUCCAGGGAACUACUGUGUGAGCUGAAGGACCAGGCCCGGCUGAGGACGCUGGAUGGGUCCGAGCAGCCUUUCUCUUCACUGGGCUGGGCCCGGCUGGUACCGCGCCUGGCCCUGGAGAAGCUCUACAGACAAGGGGGCCAGAGAGGCUUUAGGAGCUGUGCUGUGGUGACCUCUGCUGGGGCUAUUUUGCACUCAGGCCUGGGGAAAGAGAUCGAUUCCCAUGAUGCAGUUCUGCGGUUCAACACAGCACCUACAGAGGGCUAUGAGAGGGACGUGGGGAACAAGACCACCAUCCGCAUCAUUAACUCGCAGAUCCUGGCCAAUCCUGAUCACCGCUUCAACACCAGCUCCCUGUAUAAGAACGUGACUCUGGUGGCCUGGGACCCUGCUCCGUAUGCUGUCAAUCUACACAAGUGGUAUGCCAGUCCAGACUAUAACCUGUUCAGGCCUUACGUGGAGCACCGGAGGCUCCACCCCACCCAGCCCUUCUACGUCCUACACCCCAAAUAUGUGUGGCAUCUCUGGGACGUGAUCCAGGGCAACACCCAGGAGACCAUCCAGCCCAACCCACCCUCCUCUGGGUUUAUAGGCAUCCUCCUGAUGAUGGCGCUGUGCGAAGAGGUCCACGUGUACGAGUACAUCCCCUCGCUGCGGCAGACAGAUCUGUGCCACUACCACGAGCGCUACUACGACGCUGCAUGCACCCUGGGGGCGUACCACCCGCUGCUCUAUGAGAAGAGUCUUGUGCAGCGCAUCAACACAGGCCCUGUGAGAGACCUGAAGAGGAAGGGCCGUGUCACCCUCCCCGGCUUCAACACCGUCAACUGUGAACUCUGAACUCUGAACUAGGAAGCCACACAUGGAACCACCAUGACUCCACGCAUCUAAGGGUAAACGGUGCAAUAAGAACCUUCUGGACUCUGACCUUAGGGGGAACGCGGAGGCAACCAUGUAGAACCACGUAGAACAGUGGAGAACCUAAGCCAUAGCCCCUCUGUGUGGGAUAGGAUCAAACCGGAGGGUACAGCUCUAGUCUAACUACAUCUAAGUCAGGAUUUAUCAACAGAACCCCCAUCGGUAAAAACCUUGCCUUCCUCAGAGGCAGGGUUGGGUAUGUUACUUUCUAAAUGUAAUCAACUACAGUUACUACGGUAGUUACCUGUCCAAAUUUGUAAUCAGUAACGUAAUUUUUGGAUUAUCCAAACUCCGUAACGUAAUCUGAUUACGCUCAGUUACUUUUGGAUUACGUAGAAGACAAAAGGAUCCAUCAAAUGCAUUUGGUGUGUCAUCAUAGUGGUCUUUGAUUGGUGGUCAUCAUUUGGUGUAUCAUCAUAGUGGUCUCUGACUUGUGGUCAAACUCGCUCAGGUGGAACAAACUUAAACUUGCCCCUUUUUUCAACCUUUUUUCAAUGCUUAAUUGAAUGUCACUGGGAAAACAGAAAGGUGUCAUAAUGUAUUUUUUCGCGAACAUCCUUUCUAAAUUUAAAAGUAAUCCAAAAAGUGAUGAGCUAGUUUUUCAAAAGUAUCUGUAAUCUGAUGAUAGUAUUUUUGCUGGUAACGUAACUGAUUACAGUUAUCAGUUGUUGUAAUCAGAUUACAUGCAAUCAGCUACUUUUCAACCCUCCUCAGAGGGUUAACAAGCCCAAGACAUACCCAAUGUGACCACCUCUAUCUCUGCCAUUGCUGAGCCGGAAGAGAGAAGAGCUGUCUAGGGUAGCAAUAGAAAAGUGUUUUUAAAUAGAGAAACGUUUUUGAUAUAUUUGGAUGUUUUUUGCUGUUGUGAAGCGUUGUUUCUCCAGAGCUCUGGUUGCUCUUCUUUCUUAAAAGGACAGUCCACAGUUUUUUAAUGGUGGGUGUUUUGUGUUUUUUUAAUGGCGGGUUAUGGCUCUCAUGGGGUGGUAAAUGAAUGUUUGAGAAAAUGAGCAGUGGUCCGCACUGAAUGCCUCACACACGUCCAUAUCGAACACACACUUUUGAAAAGGUACAAACUCUGCGUACACCAGCCACACACUCCCGACAACGUGUAACACACCUGAAGUUUUAUUGGAAAUGUUCCUCCAUAUAACUUCAAAGACAAUACAUACACAACACACACCCACACGUACACUGUACACACAGGCACAUGUUGCUCCAUACAGGCACACUGGAACUACACCAAACCCUCCCAAGUAUUAUCUAACCAAGAUGGAGGUACAUUGUUUUUGAUCUACAACCGUCACAUUUUGCUGUAUUUGACAUUCCUUAAAUGUUAUUUUCUAUUCUUAUUUGUGAAGUCUUAUUUGUUGUUGUAAAUGAUUUUGAGUGCUGUUUUGCUGCUGCUGCGCUUUAUGUCACUCUCCUGUCCAAUCCCCAAGCUUGACUACACCGGACCAGUUGCCAAUAAACAGAUUGUCACACUCCUCAAUUAGCACUUUAAGACUGGCUAAUGACAGGCUGGUGACCCGGCUAAUGACAGGCUGGUGACUGGCUAAUGACAGGCUGGUGACUGACUGCCACUUCAAGGCUGCCACUUAAAAUGCAUGUCCGGUGGGCAGUUGGGUACCAAACCCUGGAAAACACAUUGGUUGCCCAUUCUUAGGUUUAAUCCAGUACACCAAAUGAUGAGAGGCUGGUGGAUAGGAGCUAGGGGGUAAGAGAAGGGACUCAGAACACUUUCUCAAAACAUCUAUAACCCUGUGCCUAGUGGCCAAAUGAACACUGGGUUGCCUUUCAAAACACCCUCAGACUGAUCAUUCACAUAUGCCAUCCAUUAAACUGCAGUUUCAAUGUUGAACUUUUUGUUGCUUAUUUAAUUGUUUAAUAGUUGAGAUUUAAAUAAGCCUGCUAAUCAGCCCAUAGCUCAAACCGUCCUGUGUUCUGUUAGUGGCGAGUAGGAGAGAUCACUAGUCAAACUCCCAUACUGUCCAGUGUUCACCCCAUGCCAAAAGACAAUUGAACCAACGCCCUCUCUCUGACGUCUCUUUAAAAGCAGCUGUAGCUACUGCGCUGAUUGACCUAUCACUUUGAAUGUAAUCAAACCGCUCCUUAGGGAACUUCUCUCUAUGAGCACUACCCUGACUGUGUGCCAUUUGAUAGAGUCCAGAGAAUGAGGGUUUCAGUCUGCAGGGUUCUGUAGCUAGACUGCCUCCCAGGCAUACAGCAGAGCGUAGUCUAGUUCUACCUUGAGACUAUCGUUCAUUAUGUCUUUACCGUUGUCAUUUUGACUCAAUACUCCAAUAUUGGUCUGAAAUUACUAUUAUGCCUGAGCUUGCAGCAGCCUGCCCUGGUGCGCUGGCGGAGAACAUUUCUCAUCGUGCCAGGGAUUUCAAGCAGUAAUAUCUCCAGACUCACUUUGUGUUUUAAUGGCUUUGUUAUUUACCCUGACUCUGUGCCAGACUUGCCUACAGUACAUUUCAGCUAGCUAUCUCCUGUGUGUGUGUGUGUGUGUGUGUGUGUGUGUGUGUGUGUGUGUGUGUGUGUGUGUGUGUGUGUGUGUGUGUGUGUGUGUGUGUGUGUGUGUGUGUGUGUGGGAAUGGACAAUGGAGGCUCAGUGGUUUCCAACCACAAAUCCGCUUACAACUACUAAGCUUCACCUUUAUCCCCAGCUGACCCAAUGAAAACAAACAGAUCAUGUACUUGUCCAUCUAACCUAUUUGUCACUGUAGUUCUCUCUGUAGCGGCCAGCUAGUGACCAUUCCCUGGCCUGGGAAAUCAUGGAAGGGGUUGACAUUGGCAGUCAACGCAAAUAAGAGAUGUGUGUUUGUGUAUUAGCGUUUGUUAUUCUGUAACGUGUUGCUAUGCCCUUGCUCCAGGAACCAUGCUUAACCAGGGUUGCAGAAAUGAAUUUAUUCAGUUCUACACAUGGCAAACAAACGCUGCUUGGGAUAAACCGAGGCAACUGUUGUUGCAUUCAGGUGAUAGAAAAGAGACCGAACAGGAAUACCAUUUAGAGUUAGAGCUGUUUUAAAUCUGUGAUGUGAAGGCUGUGUCGUUAUGAGGGGAACUCUGAUGGCUCUUUGCAAUUUUUUGAAUUUCUUGUAGUAUUGUAUGUUCUUAUUACAUUGAAUGUUGUACAUUUUUUAAAUAAAUUGUGUUCAUGCAGGGCUCCCUUGGAUAGAGUCCUUUGUAUUCAAUAGUACUCCCUGUACAAAUAAAUAAAGCCUUGGCAGUAGUUCGAGGAGCUAACGCAAGUUCAGGUCUCAGGCAAGGUUACUCAGCACGAGCGUGGUUACGAAUAACUGUUACACCGGCACCCCAGGCAAGCAAAAUAUCACACCUGAUGGAAAGAAAAUAUUGGCUUUGAGGAGCCAGACGCACCGCUGUGUCGCAUGAUCGCCUAGGGCCAACCUCUCACUGAGAGACCUAGGGCCAACCUCUCACUGAGAGACCUAGGGCCAACCUCUCACUGAGAGACCUAGGGCCAACCUCUCACUGAGAGACCUAGGGCCAACCUCUCACUGAAAGACCUAGGGCCAACCUCUCACUGAGAGACCUAGGGCCAACCUCUCACUGAGAGACCUAGGGCCAACCUCUCACUGAGAGACCUAGGGCCAACCUCUCACUGAGAGACCUAGGGCCAACCUCUCACUGAGAGACCUAGGGCCAACCUCUCACUGAGAGACCUAGGGCCAACCUCUCACUGAGAGACCUAGGGCCAACCUCUCACUGAGAGACCUAGGGCCAACCUCUCACUGAGAGACCUAGGGCCAACCUCUCACUGAGAGACCUAGGGCCAACCUCUCACUGAGAGACCUAGGGCCAACCUCUCACUGAGAGACCUAGGGCCAACCUCUCACUGAGAGACCUAGGGCCAACCUCUCACUGAGAGACCUAGGGCCAACCUCUCACUGAGAGACCUAGGGCCAACCUCUCACUGAGAGACCUAGGGCCAACCUCUCACUGAGAGACCUAGGGCCAACCUCUCACUGAGAGACCUAACUGAGUGAAACAAGGCUGUUGUGAAGCUGUCUGGAAGAGUCUCUUACACACAGUGUAUCAGAAGUAUCAUGUCUGAUUCAUCUCCAUGCGUUGUUACUAUUGAUGUCUACAAAUCAUCAACUGUAACUAGGGUUACAAGGGGAGGGAGCAUUACUGGAAUCUUUUGAAGUUUUCCAGUAAAAUAACAGAAUUUUGGUAUCUUACAAAGAUUUUAUGUACUCUUUCACAAGAUAUCCAGUGGCCCAUUUGGGUACUUCAGAUAAUAUCGGGUGUCUGUCAUUAUCUCUGGCCCUCUGUGUGGCCUUAUCACAUGUAAAAUAAUGAAAUAAGAUUUUUUUUUUUAAUGAUGACAGCUGUAAAACAUUAUCCUAAUUAUAAACCAUCAACUUGGCGAAUACCACUGGUGUUUAAUAUGAGGGUUUUAGCAUGAAGUUUACUUUGGAGUUUUUAUACACACAUAUUUUUUUCUAUGUAUUUGUUAAUGUUUUGGUGUCAAACUAGUGUCAGUUGUGUAAAAAGUCAGUACAUGGAAGAGUUGCGGUUAAUUGAAGAUAAUUCCCUUGUUGCUUAGAUGCUUUUUUUCAUUAAUUGGGCUAUUUUCUCUUGAACCAUCUGGUCUAUCUACUAGAAACUCAUGGACAAUAUGGAUACAGACAUAAUAAAUGAAUGCUAUAUAUGAAUACAUUUUUACAUGGUAUAAACUACCAAAGUUACGAUUGCCAUAUUUUCUGUUAAUUACCAAAAUGACUAAAGAUCCAGUAAGUUUGGUAAAUUACCGGUAGCAUUGCAACCCUAACUAACUGUAACUGUUACCCUUAUGAUUGUGAUUGUGACACAGUGAUGGUGCAAAGAAAUAUGAAAUUAAUUUGUAAUAACUUUGUUUAUAUUCCGAUGGACAGAGCAUGUAAGUCUAACCGGAGCAGGGCUAGGAGGUUUAAAUUGUCCAUGUAUACUGUACUUUACUGUACUGUAAUUGACUGUACUUUACUGUACUGUAAUUGACUGUACUUUACUGUAAUUUAGUCUUUAGACCUCCAAGUAAAAAAGUCCAUGCUGGAAAAAUGUCCAAUAUUUCUACUGGCGCUGUGUAUAUUGUGUGCGUAGGGAAAUUCCAUCCAGCUGGAAACAAGAGAGCAGCUAUUAUUAGCAUCAUCAUAUGUUCUGUAGAAGCACACCUUGAUCAAAUGCAAUGCCUUUGGCAACGGUAGUGGAAUCUUGAUUCUGUUCCCAAUUAUUUAUUUAUUUAUUUAUCAUUAACUUGCUGAUGCAGGUAGGUGGAAGGGGGCUAUGUUCGUUUUCUAGCAGGUGUUUAGGGGGAUAAAGACGACCAACAUCUCUGUAUGGACCGGCAUGCCAGACAUCUCUGUAUGGACCGGCAUGCCAGACAUCUCUGUAUGGACCGGCAUGCCAGACAUCUCUGUAUGGACCGGCAUGUCAGACACCAAAGAGAAAGAGUUUGUUUUGGUGGUCACUGCUUAACUUGAUUCUCUAUCUCUCUCUCUCUCCUGUGCCACAACACUGCCUUUAAAAUGGAAACAUUUCACGUUUUUUAAGUUGUCCUCUGAGAUUUCUAAGAGGGCUUUGAACAAAGGCUGAGAGGAGAGGGAGCGAGAGAGAGAGUGGGGGAUUCAUCAUGACCAAAGUGUUAUUGAAAAGCACAUUUUAUUUUCAGCCUUGGGAUAAAAAAUGUUAUGACUAAAACUUUCCUUUUGAUUUGUCAUUACAGGUUUUUUAUUCAAAGGUAUUUAAGUUGAAUGUUGGUAUAAAAUUAAAUUGUUGUUAAUUCAUUGUUAUUUUUUACCAUGUAAAUAAAGACAUUGUACAUGUACAAAG